AUCACGUCGGACCGAAUGAAGCGUCAUCCUUUCUGAUGUAGAGCGGCACAGCGGCCUUUCUUUGCUGCUCUAUCGUUCCCUCAUUCUGUUCGCUUUUAUCCCAGUAUUUCAGCUCAGAAUUUCUCUAACCAUGACUCGAAAGGCGCAUAUUCUCGCCGCUUGCCUGCUGCUCCUGGCGGCUGUGAGCUCUGAGGUUUCAGCGGACGGUUUGGUGAACGAGGACGUGAAGAGGACAGUGGACCUGGGCACUCAUCUGGCCAAGAUCACCGCGGAGAUCGUGCUGUCCAACCAGGGACACUCAGCCGUCCACAGCUUCAUAUUAGCGGUGGAGGCUGACCUGGCCCCACAUCUGGCAUACAUCGGAGCUUCGGUGAAGGGUGAUGAGGAAGAGGAUGGCACACUUGAACUCCAACAGACAACAAUUCAGGGCCAAAGUGGGGUUUUUUACAAAGUGCAGCUGCCCUCCAAUCUGGCGGCAGGUGCUCAGCUGAAAACAAAGGUGGAGAUGACAUUUAGCCAUGUCCUGCAGCCCUUCCCCACACACAUCACACAGGCUGAGCGCCAGCUGGUGGUCUUUCAGGGGAACCACUACCUGUACUCCCCGUACCCCACCCGCAGUCAGACCACGCGUGUCCGCCUAGCCUCCAAGACGGUGGAGAGCUACACCAAGCUGGGUAACCCCAGCAAGAACGAUGAGAUCAUUGAAUAUGGACCUUUCCGUGAUGUGGCUCCAUUCAGCGAGGAUACAAUGAAGAUCCAUUACGAAAACAACUCACCUUUCCUCACCAUCAGUAGCAUCACUCGGACCAUUGAGGUCUCUCACUGGGGUAACAUUGCUGUGGAAGAGACCAUUGACCUGAGGCACACGGGAGCCGUCCUGAAGGGGCCUUUUUCCCGUUACGAUUAUCAGCGGCAGUCAGACAGCGGCAUCUCAUCUGUCAAAUCCUUCAAGACUAUCCUCCCUGCUUCGGCCCAGGACGUCUACUACAGAGAUGAGAUUGGCAACAUCUCCACCUCCCAUCUGCAGGUUUUGGAAGACUCAGUGGAAGUGGAGGUCAGGCCUCGGUUCCCCUUGUUCGGAGGCUGGAAGACCCACUACAUGGUUGGAUACAAUUUGCCCAGCUACGAGUACCUCUACACCCUAGGUGACCAGUAUGCACUGAAGAUGAGACUAGUUGACCAUGUGUAUGAUGACCAGGUGAUUGACGCCCUCACUGUGAAAAUCAUCCUGCCAGAGGGGGCCAGAAACAUCCACGUGGAUACACCUUACAAAAUUGACCGCAAGCCAAACCAGCUGCACUAUACAUAUCUGGAUACCUUUGGCCGACCAGUGCUGGUCGCCACUAAGAACAACCUGGUGGAGCAUCACAUUCAGGAUGUUGUGGUUCAUUAUAACUUCAACAGGAUCCUGAUGCUGCAGGAGCCCCUCUUGGUUGUAGGGGCCUUCUACAUCCUCUUCUUCACUGUCAUCAUUUAUGUCCGCCUGGACUUUGCCAUCACCAAGGACCCUGCGGCUGAGGUGCGUAUGAAGGUGGCCUCCAUCACCGAGCAGGUGCUGACUCUGGUCAACAAACGUCUGGGACUGUACCGACACAUGGACGAGGUGGUCAAUCGCUACAAGCAGUCCCGGGACACCGGGGCGCUCAACAGCGGCCGGAAGACUCUAGAGGCCGACCACCGCACUCUCACCAACGACAUCAUCACACUACAGGCUCGCCUCAAAGCCGAAGGCUCCGACUUGGCUGAAAAGGUCGGGGAGGUGCAGAAGCUGGACGGCCAGGUGAAGGAGCUGGUGUGUCGCUCCUGCCAGGAGGCCGAGCGGCUGGUGGCGGGCAAGGUCAAGAAGGAGGCUUACAUCGAGAGCGAGAAGACUCUGACUGGCAAGAGACAAGAGCUCGUCAGCCGCAUUGACAGUCUGCUGGAUACCCUCUAAACUACUCCCGUCACACACACAUAAACAGACACACACCACCCCUGCUACAACAUACAACCGACUGUGUGUAUGAUUGAGAAUGCUAUGUGACACAAAUGCGUACACUUUUUUUUUUUUUUUAUACCAUCAGACAUGAACAAUUAACAUCUCAUCUUCUAGUAGUGACUGGUUUAUCCAAACACUCGUGCCUUGUGAUAAACCUAAGGUCACUGCGCUCUCAGCUCUACAGCAGCUCCGUCACAACUUUUGGCUUAAUCGUUUGUCAGUUUUUGAGUUUGUUGAGAUACACUUGCUUUGUCACACUGCUCAAACUUGACUCUUCCAUUUUCAUGUUCUCGACUUUGUAUUAUUUUACCCCCCUCUUAAAUAUGUUGCUUAUGGGACUUUUUUGAAACUAAUAGAAGGGCCCAAGUGUUUCCGUUCUCAUGUCUUUACUCACAUAUGCCAUAUUCUAAGAUUAAAUCAUCUUUAGCUCAUAAGAAGGUGAUCUUCUUCCAAUCGUAUCUCUUUUGCUUAUACAACUUUUUUCUACUCGCCCCUGAAUGUUUAUAUUUGAAGAAAAAAUGUGAAGCUUGAGUUCUGUGUCAUCCCAAAAACUUGUUUUUGAUGUUCCUCAGUCAUAUUUUCUACAUUUUGUAUGAUUUUGUUUUGUAAGUGGUGUUUUUUGACCAUGAGAUUAGUGAAUACAUGAGAUUAGGUUGUGAGAAAAGACAUGGGAGAUGGGACACAAAUGUUUGUGAAACGGGCAAUGCUAUGGAAAGCUGUCAAAUUUGAAAUAAAGUUUUGAGAAACUUA